GUAUUUCAAAAUAAAGAAAGGAUACAACAACACAAAAAAUACAGUACCAAUUUUUAUUUAAUUUUGCAUCUAUUUACAUUUUUUGUUAAAGAUAGUUGGUCGUGGUUAUGCAUAUUACAGGUAUAAUCUGUGGAGUUGUACCGUAAAUAACAGUGUAUGUGCUUGACAAAGAAGGCUCCAUGACAUUUUACGUCAAUGAAGCCAACGCAAAAACAGAAUGAAGCCAGCAAAAAUGCAAGACAAGAUAUGUAAUCAUCUCAUAUUCAUAAUUCCACGGCUGCUGGAGGAUUAUCAUGUGUUGUUAGAUACAGACGCAUGCUCAGUUCCCCCAGCUGCUCCAUACCGCGCCGCUCCGCUUUCCUGGAGACCGGACGAGGGCCAGCUGUGAGAGCAGCGCAGUUGAAAAUGAGACUGCAGCAGCGGGGAGAGCGACUGGCGCUGGGAAGAGUUGUCUGUCUUUAUCGCUGAAAGACAGGAAGAAACCCCCGUUGACCGAUGAGACGGGAGCCAUAGGCCGCGUCUUUCAAAAUACUAGAGGAAUUCGUCAAUGCGAAGAAAACCACAAAUUAAAAUCACAGGAAGGGCACGAUGCAUCCCGGACUGAGCCAGCGAGCUAGCAGAAUGACUGUGCCCCAGUCUGAUGGUUUCUACGAGCGAAAGAAACGCAACUCCAUCAUGGUGACUGUCUCUCUGCUCGUCAUCUCAGUGCUGAUCCUCAUCAUAGGCGUGGCUGCUACCACCAGAACGCAGAACGUCACCGUGGGAGGCUACUAUCCAGGAGUCAUUCUUGGCUUCGGAUCCUUUAUUGGAAUAAUCGGAUCCCACUUGAUUGAAAACAAAAGGCAGAUGCUGGUAGCCUCCAUUGUGUUCAUCAGCUUCGGGGUGGUGGCCUCUUUCUGUUGUGCAAUUGUAGAUGGAGUGUUUGCGGCGAGGCACAUUGAUCUAAGACCCCUGUAUGCAGGACGAUGCCAUUACUACUCAUCUGUUGAAGAAAAAGACGUGCCUUGUCAAAUGUCGUCACGAGCCUCCUGCAGCCUCAAAGUCAAAUCCAACACGUGCUACUGUUGUGACCUCUACAUCUGUGGCAAAUCUCGCAGUGAACUGGGGGCAGGAUACCACGAGUAUGUGGACGUUCAGAGCUGCCAGGACGUGAUCCAUCUUUACCACUUGCUGUGGUUUGUAACGAUACUGAAUAUCGUGGCCCUGUUUCUCGGGAUCGUCACAGCUGCGGUGCUUGGAGGAUUUAAAGAUAUGGGCCCUCCUCUCGCCUCCUGUGAGCCGGAGACACUGCCCGCCCCGAUGACCUGUGAACCCCAACAGCAGGUGACCCCCUACAGCAGCUACAGCGCCCCACACCUACCCCCGUACACUGCCUACGACCUGCAGAAUUCCAUCAUCUUCCCAGCAGCCACUCCGUCAGGCCUUUCAGAUGAUUCCCAGUCGGGCUCCAGCUACAUGUGGGCGUCCCCCGCCCCUCCGCGUUACUUCCCGCCCUACUUCUCUCCAGAUGAGAAGCCGCCCCCCUACAGCCCCUGAGGACAGGCUCCAGACCUCCUCACGCAUUGCUGGAGACACUGGCAGGAACUUUAAUGUAACAGGGGAAGGGUUCUGCCAUCAUCAUCCCUGCAAAGAAGACACUGUGAUUUUUUUCUACAGGAAUUUAAUUUCGGAACUUUAUAGACCGGAGCACCGUGCACGCUACUGUACAGUACUGUGGAGGCUUCUCCAAUGAUCUCACCGCUCACGACAGCGAAACCUGUCAGCAGCCUUGCCUGAGCUGCUUGUGUUUAAGUGGUUUUAAGGAAUGAUAACCAAAGCCUUCCAUUUUCAUUGCUGUGCGCUGAAGAUCUUUUGGUUCUUUGCUUUAAAAAAAAAAAGUAGAUAUUUUAAAUCCACUACUAUAGAUUCCAGGUACCCAAAUGAUCAUUAAAGACAGGAAGAGGAGCCAGUGCCAAGAAGAUGGGGUUUAAAAGACUUGGUUAGCAUGCCUUUAAGGAUCAGGGUUAUUUCUGAACCUAUUGAUAGGAGGGCUUUACAAUGUGAAAAGUAACUUUUAUUGGACGUUUUACAAGCAAUAUAAUAGGUACAGUAUGCAUUUGCCUGUCGUUGAGGAGUUCCCUAACCAGGUAUACGAAUAAGAAGACUUUCCUCCUCUCCAGCCACCAUGUGGACAUCUCCAGGUAGCAAGCCAUGAUGACGGCUUUUAACAGGACCUCAUGGACAGCACGUCACUUACUGGUCUACAAACAGCCUUAAAAAAGACCUUUGACAAUACCAUUGUGUUAAACAUCAUCAUAAUAAUAAACCACUGUAUGAGGGGCUUUUACCGAUGUAGCAGUUUCAAGACAGUGAAGUCCAUUAACCUUACAUUUCAAAUGUGCUUUCUGUUAUAACAGUACUGAAAAGUGCCAGAACUGUGAUUCAUGUUGAUCCGCUCCAUCUCAAGAAAGAGGUUUGGUGGAGGAUUGUGCCCGCACUGCCGUUGAACUAAGAUAGCAAAUAUAACGUUAGUUUGGAAACGUCUUGGCGCAAUCCGGUGUUUAACUAGUUUUUUUUUUUUUAGGGUUUUAGCGGGGCAGAUCGGUUCUCCUCGGAAUCCCGCGAAAGUAAGCGGGUCACCUCGGGUCGACCUGUACCCUUUCAAAAAUUUCUCACGAGUUUUGAGCGAGGAAUUGGGUGUCACCCCGACUCAUUAUUUUCCUUACUCAUUAGUUUAAGGCAUGCAAUCCAGUGUUUUAAUUUGAAAGUGCUUAAGCUCAUGAGUUAAAAGGUACAAUGUCAAAAGUUUUGAUUUGGUUAUAUUACAAUGUCACUCAACUUGCUGGCUUCAGCACGUACAUUGCUGCCAUGUGUUAUCAUGUGGAAGAGCCCAUGUGCUUAUUUUGUUUCUUGAUUGUUUUAAACCCUGGACUCCAUAACUGGAUAUUACAAUAAGCAAAAAAGUGUGUUUAUAAAUAUCACAGCAGUAUGUCAUUUUGUUUGCAUAUACUUUGUAAUAACACAGCAUCUCAAGACAUGGUAGAAGGUUACUGAUGAACUCAGAGGGAAGAAAAUAUUGCUUUCCUUUAAGUGAAAAUUCAGUUAUUUAAAAGGUGUGCAGCAGUGACGACAUCAUUUAGAUCUUUUAUUUAACAUCAUGUAGUCAAAGAAACUACAAAAUAAUAUCGCAAAAAGUCUACCGGAAGCCAUAAUACUAGUACAGUAUUUCAUGUUCCAUUUAAAAAUGCCAUUUGUCAGCUUUUUUCGUUAAGUAUGUGGGAGAACUACAAAGCGGUAUGUAAUUCAAUAUGUUAACGUAUCAUUAUUCAGCAGGUUUCACUCGACUGUAUGAGGCAGUCAGUUGAUUCUAUAGGGUGCUGCAAAACUUCUGGCCACAGCUACACAGUAGAUUACAUCAACUGGAACCUGUCAUCACUAAAGAGUCUUGCACUGAAGUGGUCUUAUCUCCCUGCAAGGAGUUUAAACACUCAGUUCAUACCUCACCACUUACUUUUCUUACCUUUUCUCCCCCUUCCUAUUCUGUGCAUUAGUUAGCAGAAAUAAGUAGCCUUUUAACAUGAAAGAAAUUGGGUAACUUCAAAAAUUACUUUAUUAAGAAAGCUGCCAACCACUACAUCCAAAAUGCACAUAUGAACAUCCUCCUGUAGCUCAGUCUAUAUACAAAAUAAUUGGGGACUAGCGUUCUGCUAGCUAUCUUAUCAGGCUGUUCUCAUUAUGUCAGCAGGUUUUGUACCUAUGAUGUUACACACUUGAUAAAGACAUUCCUCUAGGGCUGGUUUUAUUACACAUUACAGCAGAUGUUACAUUAUUGCAGAUGUUUCACAAGCCGUGUGCAGACAGGCAUUGUCCUGUUUGACGUGCCAGAAAUGGCAAAAUAGGAGGUGUUCACUUCUUUACUUUGCUGCUGCAUGGUGAUCUACACGUGAGUUAUGAACCUGGAAUGAAGAUAGUCUCCAAAAAUGUAAGGUUGUAAAUGGUUUAGUUUUUUCACCCAAAAAGUGUUGAAUUUUAUUUUUUUUUCCAUGCAUUCUUUAAGGACUAGGCUUGCAUUGUUUUCUCAAUUUAAAGGCGUUUUCUAAGAACAUGUGUCCGUUUAUGUAUAAAGGAAUAAAACAAACUGGAUUUAUUAUUA